CACACGUUCUUUUUUAGCUCUUGGACGCCAUGCCUUCCGAAGAGACACAGGAGCGAAUCCUAAAGGUUAUCGAGUUCGGCCGUGUAUGUUCUUAGACACCGUCUCAUUUAUCAAAGUCUUAUGCAUCCCUUGGUUUGCGCGUCUUUCUACAACGCCACUCUCCCGCCAUAUCUCGACGUCUUGUGUCCCAACGCCUCUUCUUGGGGGACUCCAGACUGUCUUUCAUUAUGGCUGGAUUCCCUUCAUCAUCUACUACGGGUACACGAAAAGCCAGCCUCAGCCAUCUCUGAUCAAAUUAAUUAGCCCUCUCGCAUGACCCUUCAUUCCUCCACGUGUUCAUUUGCUUUGAAAAUUGCCUAAGCUAUUGUAGCCUGUCUGUUUCUUUGUGGCAUAAUUGCAUUCCGUGGACGGCAAUCCUGGCAUCCUAUAGUAAUGGCAUCAUUUCUGAAUAAUCUCCCUCAAGGCCCUAUACAGUAGUCCGUGGUCUUUUCGUUGUUGGGUUUCGUUUAAGGCAACUGCACU